GAGAGGCGCAGAGGGAGAGGCGGAGGCGGAGGCAGAGGCUCCGGGGAGGGGAAGCCACCGCCGGGGAGGAACAUGCUGACGCGGGUGAAGUCCGCGGUGGCCAAUUUCAUGGGCGGCAUCAUGUCCGGCGGCGGCUCCGGGGCCGAUCAGCUCAACGGGACCGACCUGCCCCCGAGGUUCCCCUACGCCAGGCCGGACUUCCUGGGGCUGUCGCAGGACGAGGUCGAGUGCUCCGCCGACCACAUCGCCCGACCCAUCCUCAUCCUGAAGGAGAGCCGGAGUCUGCCCUGGGCCACCGGCUAUGCGGAGGUUAUCAAUGCUGGAAAAAGCACACACAAUGAGGACCAGGCUUGCUGUGAUGUGAUACGUGUGAAGAAAAAGGUUGCUGCCCCCAUCACACCGAGUAAGAACUCAUCCGCCAAAAGGAGAUCAUCAUUACCAAAUGGGGAGGGGUCACAGCAUAAAGACAAUCCAGAUACCGAAGGGAUUAUCUUUAACUACUGGGCACUGUUUGAUGGGCAUGCGGGAGCUGGUGCUGCUGUGGUCGCCUCCAAACUCCUCCACCACCAAAUAGCCGAACAUCUUCAAGAGGUGGUUGAUGUUCUCCGGAACUCCGCAGUGCUUCCUCCAACCUGUCUUGGUGACGAGCCUGAAGUAGGGAAUAACACUAGGACACUAACAAGAGCUGCCUCCCUGCGGGGGGGAGUUGGGGUCCCAGGCUCACCUAGCACCCCUUCAACACGAUUCUUCAUAGAGAAGAAAAUUUCACAUGAAAGUUUGAUCAUUGGAGCUAUUGAAAAUGCUUUUAAAGACAUGGAUGACCAGAUCGAACGAGAGAAGAGCACGUACAAUAUCUCAGGGGGCUGCACUGCUUUGAUUGCGGUGUGCAUGAUGGGAAAGCUUUAUGUAUCGAAUGCCGGGGACAGCAGGGCCAUUAUUAUUUGCAAUGGGGAGGUUAUUCCAAUGUCUUCAGAGUUCACACCAGAGACAGAGCGGCAGAGGCUCCAGUAUUUGGCCUGUUUGCAACCACAUUUGUUAGGAAACGAAUUCACGCACUUAGAGUUUCCCAGAAGGGUUCAGCGGAAAGAGCUGGGGAAGAAAAUGCUUUACCGGAAUUAUAACAUGACUGGCUGGGCAUACAAAACCAUAGAAGAAGAUGAUCUAAAGUUUCCCUUAAUUUAUGGUGAAGGAAAAAAGGCCCGUGUGAUGGCGACUAUAGGUGUCACGCGAGGUCUUGGAGACCAUGACCUGAAGGUUCAUGAUUCUAACAUCCACAUAAAGCCCUUUCUGUCAUGUACUCCUGAGGUGAGAGUUUAUGACCUGUUGGAGAAUGAGCACGGAGCUGAUGAUGCUUUGGUUAUUGCCACCGAUGGAUUGUGGGAUGUUUUGUCCAAUAAGGAAGUGUCUGAAGCAGUUACAAGCUUUCUUUCCAACUGUGAUCCUGAUGAUGCACACAGGUACACAUUGGCAGCCCAGGACUUGGUGAUGAGAGCCAGGGGAGUGCUGAAGGACCGAGGAUGGAGAAUAUCUAAUGACAGGCUGGGCUCUGGUGAUGAUAUAUCUGUAUACAUCAUUCCCCUUCUGUAUGGAAGUAAACAGACAUGAUAACGUCAGAAUCUUGUUGGUCUUGCUUGCCUGUUACUGGUCCCCAACUUCUGGUGAUCAGAAUCUAUAAAGCAGUACUGAUUCCAGCAAGUAAUGAAAUAUAAUGAAAAGCCAGAGUAUGAUAAACUGCUUUUAGCCUGGACAUUGUUCAGAUGUUCUAGACACUGUUCCCGAUCUGAAUUUCUCAAUCAUUGAUUCCUUUUCAGUUGUUAUAGUUGGAUGUAAUUUUUUCCUGCAAAUUAAAUAAGUAUAUCCUGUAUAAAUUCAAAAGGAUGACUAUUUAGCAAAAACUUUACAGACAUUGAAUAUUAAAUUUUGGGGUCUUAACUUGUAAAGUAUGAAAUAUUUUGAUGUAUAUUUUCCAAGUGCUGUAAUGCUACGUGGGGAAAAUGCCUCAUCUGUGCUGUGUUUUAGAGUUCCGCAUAUAAUCAAUAUGGCAGUCUCCUACCUGAUAAUAUAUUGUAAUAACGUAGUAAAUAUUAUUUCAAUUUUUUUAUGGGUUUGGUAAAAGAUAAAAUCUGUUCGUUAAUUCACAUGGAUAUAUAAUUCAUGGUGUCUCUGGUGUAAAUACUGGCAACUUCAAGAUGCGAUACACAAGUCUGGGUAUAUUUGUAAAGUGAUUUUAUUGGGCUCCUGAGUACACACUGAACAAGAUUUUCUGCAGGCUUUCCUAAUGUCUGCUGUAGUAUUCCACAUAUAAUGCACUGCACUUGAAGGAUAAUUUACAUGCACGUUCUGUUCUUUGUUUUUUUCCUUUGUUACUAUAUUCUUAGCAUUGUCAAAAUGCUGCCAUAAUCACGUACUAACUACACUUUGUUAAUCUCACACAGCACUAUUUAAAAGGCAGAAAGAAAUACUGUAUUCUCCAAGAGUGAUAAUCAUCUCAAUGAAGUAUUCACAGUUUUAUCUUAAGUUACUUUGAAAUAUUUAAAAGGUACCGAAAGUAAACUGUUGGGCAUUUUUUUUAACUGUUUAAUUCAUUUUCGGUGAGUCUGAAAUGUGAAACAUUUUUAUUCCAAAGCAAUUUUGUGUUGAACCGCGUCUGAAGUUAUGAUAUCUCAGUGGUCUGAGUCUUGAAAGUGCAAUGAGAAAAAUAAAAGUACUGUAUAAGA